AUGAUAUACUUUAUAGUUUAUCCUUUGACAUUACAACAGCAAUAUAAUUUGUUUCAAUCAUCUAUUCAUUUAACUCAAUUUGGUACUACUUUUCAGCCUCCAGAUCCUAUUGAAUUAUUAAAUAUUUUUUCAAGCGUUUCAUCGUUACUUCGAUGUUCGAUGUUAUGUAAUCAAAAUCGUCAAUGUCGUACAUUUGAUUAUGACCUAUCAUCAUUAGUAUGCCGUUUAUUCGGAAGUGAAUAUUCAACUGGAACAAUUCUUACUAAUGCAAGUUCGUUGACAUCAAGAAUAGGUGCGAUACUUUAUAAUACAACAACUACUUCACAAUUCUAUUCAGCCUAUAAUCAAACAUGUGAUCAAUGCAAUACUGGUGAUAAUCGAUAUCUUCAAUGUAUAAAUAAUACAUGCCGAUGUCCAUUACAUACAUACUGGACUGUAUGUAACACAUUUGGACUUCAACAACCACCUGUUCUUUAUAAUACCAAUCCAGGUCCACAAUCAGUCAUUUCUGCUGAUUUCAAUAAAGAUGGACAUUGGGAUUUGGCAAUCACUGAUUAUUAUGCAAGUUCUAUCUCAAUACUCUUGGGUAUUGGCAAUGGAUCGUUUGAGCAGCCUGCAGCGGUUUAUGGAUCUGGCGGCACUAAUCCCUUUUGGCUUGUUUCUGAAGAUUUUGAUAAAGAUGGAAAUCUCGAUUUGGCUUUGUGUAACGAAGGAUCCAAUAAUACCGCUAUUCUUUUGGGUUAUGGCAACGGAUCUUUCCAGACGGCUGCAACUUUUAAUAGUGGAGGAGCACUUCCAUCGUCGAUCGUUGCUGCUGAUUUUAAUAAUGAUAACAUAACUGACUUAUCUGUGACAAAUACAGGUUCGGAUUAUAUCACCAUUUUUCUCGGUUAUAGUAAUGGUGGAUUCCAAACACCUGGAACAUCUUAUGCAGCUUAUUCAUCUCCAUCAAUUUUAAUUAGUGGAGACUUCAAUUCUGAUGGUAAGAUAGAUCUUGCCGUAGUAUGUCGAAAUAGCAAUCAACUACUCAUUUUUCUUUGCUUUGGUAAUGGAUCUUUCCAAAACAACGCAACUUAUACGACAGGAAGUACUCCCUAUUCAGUUAGAGCGGCUGAUUUCACUGGCGACUCAAUACUUGAUUUAGUUGUUGCUAAUUUUGGUUCCAACUCGGUUAGUAUUUUUAUCGGCACUGGUACAGGUGAAUUUAUUGCGGCUACUCCUGCAACAUAUGCUACAACUAGUUCUAGCCCUGUUGAUAUUGCUAUACAAGAUCUAAACGGAGAUUCAAAAAUGGAUCUUGCUGUAUGCAAUCAAGUGGGAAAUACGAUUACUGUUUUUUUAGGAAAUGGAAAUGGUACUUUUGGACAAGGGCAAGAUUAUUCAUCGACGGGACAAAAAUUACAAUCAAUUAUCGCUCAAGAUUUUAACAAGGAUGGAAAAUACGAUUUGGCUGUGACCAGUCAAAAUAGUAACACACUAGCCAUUUUACUAACACAAUGUUUCUAA